UCUGACUGCUUUCGCUCUAUUACGCGCAAGUGCAUUUGUGAGUGGAUCCGAGCGUUGAAAGAAUCCAGAUUUAUGAUUUGGGGGAUGGCUACAGCCACCUCCAGCCCGUACCUCGCCAGCAGCAGGAUUUUAAGUGGCCCGGUGCCGCAGUCUGACCGGAGGAGCGGAAGCAUGCAUCCGGCGAACGGUGUGGUCACCUCGGUGUCUUCCAGUGCGUUCAGGGGGGACCCCUCGGUCAAGAUGGUGCAGAGUGACUUCGUGCAAGGGGCCACCAUGGUGUCCAGCAACGGCGGGCACAUGCUCAGUCAUGCCCACCAGUGGGUCACGUCGCUGCCCCACGCCGCAGCCGCGGCGGCCGCGGCGGCGGCGGCUGCGGCUGCGGCCGCGGCCGAAGUGGGUGCCGCGUGGCCGGCCGGCUCUCAGCCCCAGGAGACGAAGAGAGGCGGCGGCGGGAGGGAGGAUCUCCACUCGGGCGCCGCUCUGCACCACCGCGGCUCCCAUUUAGCGGGUCAUCAAGCGCACCCUGGUGGCUGGGGGGGCUCCAUCAACAUUAGCGAGGGUCGGACGCAGACGCAGACGCAGACGCAGACGCAGACGCAGCAGCAGCAGCAGAGCCUCGUUUACCCCCAACCGGCUGCCUUCACCGUCAACGGGAUGCUCAGCACGCACAGCCUCAUGCACACCGGUGCGCUGGUCCGCGGGGACUCCCCAGAGCUGGACCACCCUCACCACCCCCAUCACCACCACCACCACCACCACCACCACCACCCUCACCAUCCUCCUCCUCAUCACCAGCACGCACACCACCACCACCAGCAGCAGCAGCAGCAGCAGCAGCAGCAGCAGCACCAGCAGCACCAGCAGCACCACCACCACCACCAAGAGGCGCACUCGGAUGAGGACACGCCGACCUCGGACGACUUGGAGCACUUCGCCAAGCAGUUCAAGCAGCGGCGCAUCAAGCUGGGCUUCACGCAGGCCGACGUGGGUCUGGCCCUGGGCACGCUCUACGGCAACGUCUUCUCGCAGACCACCAUCUGCCGCUUCGAGGCGCUGCAGCUGAGCUUCAAGAACAUGUGCAAGCUGAAGCCGCUGCUGAAUAAGUGGCUGGAGGAGGCCGACUCCAGCACCGGCAGCCCGGCCAGCAUCGACAAGAUCGCCACGCAGGGACGCAAGCGGAAGAAGCGCACGUCCAUCGAGGUGAGCGUCAAAGGCGCGCUGGAGAGCCACUUUCUCAAGUGCCCCAAGCCGUCGGCGCAGGAGAUCAACGGGCUGGCGGACACGCUGCAGCUGGAGAAGGAGGUGGUGCGCGUCUGGUUCUGCAACCGCAGGCAGAAGGAGAAGCGCAUGACGCCGCCCGGGCUCCCGCGCAGCCCGGACAACAACGCGUACACGCCGCCGCCCUCCAUAGACUGCAAGAGGAUGUACAGCGACACGUGAACGCCGCACCAAAUCACGCAGACUUGAUUUGCUCUGCGUUUGCCUCACUUUCGACGAUUCAUCAUCAACUUUUGUCUGUUCGGUCCAAGCUCCUGUGUGUCCCGUGGUCCACUAAGCCGCGCGCGCGUGUGCGGGAAUCGCAAGUUUUAUGCACCGUUUUCCUUGAAAACUUCAGAAAGAAACAUGAAGGAAGAAAUUGUCACAUUGCUUUCAUUUAGCACUGACUUGUUCCCGAAAGCAAUCAUGAAUUACCCCCCCCCCACCCUCAUUAUGUUUCUUACAGACGUGUUUUGUGCUAGUAGCUAUACAAUGCAAGCGACUCAUUUUGUUUGGUUUUCAUUGAAAAAAAACAACAACAAAAAAAACAAAGAUACAUUCCUUUACAUGUACAAGAUGACUGUGUAUUAUUGUGUGAUGGUUUGCACUAUUUAUUUCCCCCUCAUACUUAAUUUCAGUGAAGAAAUGAAUUAUUUAA